AUGUCGUCAUCCCGCUCGGGUCGUUCCGGUCAGCACGGCAGCUCUCGGUUGAGCGGCAGUGGGAGGUCUGGCGGCUCGCGGUCCAUCCGCCAGCUCAUCGAAUCAUUGGAGACCCAUCGCGUCAACACGCUCACGGAGCUGUGCCGGAUCGAGCGCGUCGCUGCGUCAUGCGAGUCGGCAGACGAUGCCCGCGCCUUUCAGGGCCCCAUGACGUCGGCAUGGGCUUACUACGUCACCAGCCACCAAAUGCUCUCGGAACUGCGCGGCCUCACCGGCUCCGAAUACUUCUUCUCCAGCGAUCUCCUCGACGGCGCCCAGGCCCUGGUGCAGAAUGACCCCGAGUCCAACCGGAGCUGGAAUCUGGCCUGGCUCUGCCUCAACAAGAUCAUAGACGACAACCUCAUCCCAUCGUACGCUUACGCCGAGGCCAGUCGUCCUGAAAUGUGGGACGGUUACGAGCCCAGCGAGGACGAGAUCCAGGAAUUGGCUGCUCGCUUUCAGUUGCAAUGGGACCGCGCAGUCCGCCAGAUGCUGCAGCACUGGCAGGUUCCGCCACAGUGGUACUAG